UACAUUCGGGAUCAUUUUUUAAAAGUAUGUUCUCAUUGGCAAUAUAGAAAACAAUGGGUUUGAGAGUCUAUCAUGGUGAAGCGAACUGAAACUUGUCAGAGGAAUGCUGAUUUCCUUUUCAAGCGGAAGAAGAUUCUGCUUUUUCCAUUUGUUACUCAUUUGGUUAGUAAAGUACAAUGCAAAAAUGCUGUGGGAUCCAUACUUCCGGUAGACGACUCGACAAGAACAAUCGGCAGGGGGAACAAGUAACUCAUAAGUUUCACCAUGCAGGUGAUUUUAGAGAUUUGCAUAUCUGCAUUUACCUGACUGCUGAAGUUUCAGAGGUGUGGCUUUGGCUGCUCAUUACACAUACAGACAGGGAAUAGAGAGACUUAAACACCCAGAGUUCUGAAAGAACUUGGUUUGAGGAAUUUGUCGGCUUGAGUUUACCAGGAACCCAAAAGUGGAGAAGAUGAAUGACAAUACGAUCCAUUCUCCUUAUGUAAACUAUGGAUUUCAACACGAGGAGCGGCGAGCUCCUCCAUACGCACCUUCACAUGGGAUGUACCCAACUUCACAGCAAUACCCUGGACCCCCAAACCCUCAGCCACAAUACCAGAGGACUUCACCCUCGUACCCUACCGAGAUAUACUCACCCGCUCAGAGUCUGCAUCAGUACACACCUCAAACGGCACCUGUUAAUACCCACUACACCGCCACACCUGCAUUGCACCACGCUGCUAUACCUGUCCAUAAAGGUCCCAGAAGAAAAGUAUGGCCGUGGGUGUUGGCCACAGUCAUCAUUCUCCUUGUUGUCUGCGCUGUCAUAGUUGUAUUGCUUUGGUAUUUUGGUCUGUUCAAGUGCAAUGGACGAGAAUGUCAAGUAGAUAAUUUAUGUAUUGGCCACUCAGACUGGUGUAACGGUGUGACGGACUGUCCGUCAGGAGAAGAUGAAGCACAAUGCUUUCGUCUGUACGGAUCUAAUUUCCUUCUUCAGAUGUACUCUAAUGAGAGUCGGACAUGGGAGCCCAUGUGUUCAGAUAAAUGGAAUGACGAUCUCGGAAGACAAGCGUGCAAGGACAUCGGGUACCCCAGUAGUACUUAUGUUGGCUAUGUGGAGACUUCUACUCGAUCAUUAGACUACAUGAUGGUGAAGGGAGAAUCUCUUAAUUUUACUGGUCUAAAUAACACCACUCAAAGUCUUUUCACUAAAAGUUCAGACUGCCCGUCUAACAGAGUAGUGUCGCUCAAAUGUAUUGAUUGUGGAAGGAACACAGCGAGCCGUAUUGUGGGCGGGAGCACUGUGACUUCAAAGGGUGUGUGGCCAUGGCAGGUCAGUCUGCAGAUAAACAGGAAUCAUUUGUGCGGAGGAUCUGUCAUAACUCCGUAUUUGAUCCUCACUGCAGCACAUUGUGUUGAAAAAUAUUCAGAUCCAAGGCAAUGGACCGUGUUCGCUGGAUAUCUGACUCAAAGUGAGAUGUUACAUACAACUGGAAAUAGAGUGGAUCGAAUUAUUAAGCACAACUUUGAUUCAAAUAGUAACGAGAACGAUGUUGCUCUGAUGAAGCUGAACACUCCGCUCCAGAUGACAUCUAACGUCAGGCCAGUGUGUUUGCCCAAUGCGGGCAUGUACUUCUCUGCCCCAAGAGACUGUUAUGUCACAGGAUGGGGGGCUCUGCGUAGUGGAGGAUCUGGCUCUGAGACCCUGCAAGAAGCCAAAAUCCAGCUGAUCGACAGAUCGACGUGUAACAGCGGGCAGGUGUACAACGGGCAAAUCACAAAAACCAUGAUCUGUGCUGGUAAACUGGCGGGUGGAGUGGAUUCCUGUCAGGGGGACAGUGGGGGUCCUCUUGUCACAAAUGAGAAUUCUCUAUGGUGGCUGGUUGGGGACACUAGCUGGGGUGAUGGAUGUGCGCUCAGAAAUAAGCCCGGAGUCUACGGAAAUGUGACCUACUUCCAUGACUGGAUUUAUGAACAAAUGCGGGUAAGAUUUCAAAUGUAAUUCUGAAUAGUGACACUGAAAUGUAUUCUCUUUUUUUAUUGUUAUCAAUAUCAUUAUUAAUAAUGCCAUGCCAGAGAAAAAAACUCUCUUUCUCUCUCUCUCUUUAGAAAUAUUAGGUUACAUAUAUUUAUGUGUAAAGAAGGUUUGGGAAGAGUGACUGAUCAAAACCACCGACACAUCUUGGAAUCUUUUUAAGUGCACAUUUUUCAUUUAGAUUUUGUGUUGAAAUAUUAAUCUAAAAUAAUUAAUUAUUCAAAGUAUUUAUUUUCAGUAGUGUAAAUAAUUACGUCAGAUCCACAAUAUGCUAUAAUAUGCACUUUGUUGUUUUGUAUAAAGGACAGUUGUGUAAUGUUGAACUGAUGCUGGUGUAUUACAUCACAAACAAUUCUGUUCUCUGGUUUUCUGUGGUUUGUGGCUGUUUAAAUUUACAAAAGCUUCAUUUGAAUCUCCUCCUCUUUUUCAAACACACGAAUACAGUCAGAGAUCGUGUGUUUGAGCAAACAACAGAGAAGGGCAAUCAAACCCACAUCACUAUAAUCAAACGCGCCCUUUUUUAAGGGCUUUAGUAAAUACUAAAGUAAAAAAAAAACUAUUAAAAAAAGUUAAAAAGCAUUUAUGUACAAAGUCAAAUUUUUUCUUUUUUACUUUUAUUAAAAAAAUUCCACUAUUGAUGUGUAAUCGCACUGUAUAUAAUGUAUAUAUAGAAAAUAUAAAUGGACAUUAUUUUGAAAACGAAAAGCCUUUUUAAACUUUAUUGGAAAUGAUCAUCUGGUGGAAAGUCCAGGAGACAGAAGAACCGGAGCAGAACCUCAUGUUGGAUAAAUACAAGAAUCUUAUGAAACAUUAUGGCUCAGAAUCAUCUGACCAAACGGCAGCAGCAAAGCUCUUAUGACCUGUUUUCCUUGACUGUUCUUCACACCAGAAAAUAUAAAUUCACACCAACCCACGGAGCACCGCGGUUCCCGGCACCAUUAUGAGGUGUUAUAGCAUAUUCAGCAGCGGCAUUAAAGCCACUCCUUUCCAUUUUAGCAGGACCUUUAAUCACUGCUCAUUGAAUUUGCGGCUCUAAUCGGCAGAUGCUCACUGGAGAAGAUCAGCGUCUGCUACCUGUUUGUACCAAUUAGCAGAUGCGUGACACUCGGCUGACGGCUCUUCAGAGGGUUAACAGAUGUGGCAAUUACAGACUCAUUUGAAUGAAUGCUCAAGGGGUUCAGCAUAAGGGCUGGGCAAUUACACGGCAGCCUGGGAACCCAUUUCAUCUUCAGCUUUAUUCUCAGUGUCUGUGAGAGCGAAGCGUUGGCAGGGAACCCACCGUGUGUUGACAAACAAACACGAUCCUGUGACUUUUUUUUCCAUCGGGGAAAAAUGCUGAAAAGGGUCAUAAAACUUAAACUGAUUCAGCUCGCCUGAUGGCCCUGUUGAAAAAAACAUCAUAUGGACCAGCACAUGACCAGCCCGGACCGGCAUCAAAACACACCAAACCAGCAUUUGGUGUUUUUUUCAACAGGGUGUUGGCAAGUUUUUCGACGAUGAGCGGGAGCUUUAAAACAGGACAACACAAUUUUAUGGCACUUUAUACAUGUAACUAUUGUAGGAGGUAAUUCAAUUUGUGCAAUCACAUUUGUACGUUUUAGUAGCAUUAGGUUUAGAAUUGUCAGAUUCACAUCAUACAAAUAUAUACGAAUUAUCCAUCUUGUUAAAUUACUUUGUUAAAGUAUUGUAAGAUCUGACAAAACUGGAAAUCAUUUGUGGCUGUAACUCUGUUUCGGUCAUCGUGUCCCUUUUGGUUUGCAUUGAAAAACCAUUAAAAAUGUGAUUUUUUA